AUGUAUGUAGUUCCAGAUUUAUUUCCUACAUUUGAACCAAAAAUUGAUCUUCAAUUCAAAUACAAAAAAAUCAUUGAACCAGGAGUUUUCCUAUUUCCAGGAAUGACUAUUAAAGAACCGGUGAUAAUUGCAACAAACUUUCAUACCGAGACACGAUUAUACACACUGAUUUUUGUUAAUCCUGAUAUGCCUGAUACGAAAAAUCAAUCAUAUCAAACACAGUGGCUUUGGUUGAU